CCGGAAGUCAGUUUUAACCAAACAUCCGGUUUUCUCCUUUUUGCGUUCCGGCCGAUCCCACCUUUCUUUCUAGUCCCUGGACCUGUCCAUCCGUCAGGCCCUCAUCUCUCCCACUCCUCCUCAGCGCGCGGGACUAGCGCGGGCUUCAGCGACGGGAGCCCUCGAGGGACAUGGCAACUCCGGCGGCGCCGGCCGGCGGCGCCCGAAAUGGGGCUGGCCCGGAAUGGGGAGGAUUCGAUGAAAACAUCCAGUGAAAGGACAAAGCUCCAAGCUCUCCGGUGAACAGAGAAGGACAUAACGGAUGGAGCAGAAAGGUCCUCCACUGUGGGAUCCGUUGUCUUCACAGGGUGGGGGCUCAGCUGUGAUUGACAUGGAGAACAUGGAUGAUACUUCAGGUUCCAGCUUCGAGGAUAUGGGUGAGCUGCAUCAGCGCCUGCGUGAGGAAGAAGUGGAUGCUGAUGCAGCUGCCGCUGAAGAAGAGGAUGGGGAGUUUCUGGGCAUGAAGGGCUUUAAGGGACAGCUGAGCCGGCAGGUGGCUGAUCAGAUGUGGCAGGCGGGGAAGAGACAAGCCUCUAGGGCCUUCAGCUUGUACGCCAACAUCGACAUCCUGAGACCCUACUUUGAUGUGGAGCCUGCACAGGUGCGAAGCAGGCUCCUGGAGUCCAUGAUCCCCAUCAAGAUGGUCAACUUCCCUCAGAAAAUCGCAGGUGAGCUCUAUGGACCUCUCAUGCUUGUUUUCACGCUGGUGGCCAUUCUCCUCCAUGGGAUGAAGACGUCUGAUACCAUCAUCCGGGAGGGCACCCUGAUGGGCACAGCCAUUGGCACCUGCUUCGGCUACUGGUUGGGCGUCUCGUCCUUCAUUUACUUCCUUGCCUACCUGUGCAACGCCCAGAUCACCAUGCUCCAGAUGCUGGCGCUGCUGGGCUAUGGCCUCUUUGGACACUGCAUUGUCCUGUUCAUCACCUACAACAUCCAUCUCCAUGCGCUCUUCUACCUCUUCUGGCUGCUAGUGGGUGGACUGUCCACCCUGCGCAUGGUGGCAGUGUUGGUGUCACGGACUGUGGGCCCCACACAGCGGCUGCUCCUCUGUGGCACCCUGGCAACCCUGCACAUGCUCUUCCUGCUCUAUCUGCAUUUCGCCUACCACAAGGUGGUAGAGGGGAUCCUGGACACGCUGGAGGGCCCCAAUAUCCCACCCAUGCAGAGGGUACCCAGAGACAUCCCUGCUGCACUCCCUGCUGUUAGGCUUCCCACCACCGUGCUCAAUGCCACAGCCAAGGCUGUCGCGGUGACCCUACAGUCACACUGACCCCACCUGAAAUCUGUGGCCAGCCCCUUUGCCCCCAGCUGUGAUGCGGAGGAAGAUUAAAGGACAGUACUGAUGCCAUGUGUCUCUUUGAUGGGGUCUGCAGCUGCCACAGAGCUGUAGCCAACUCGAGCACCUCCCUGAUGCCUGUCGGGCUUCUGAAGAGCAUAAGGCCAGGAGCUCCUGGCCAGGACUGCAGGGCUCUGCAGCCAGUGCAGAAAGUGGGUCAGCUCAUCUGAGGCCCUCUCACCACCCACCCCUUCCUUCCUCUUUAUCUCUCCCACAUUGUCUUGCUAAAUAUAAACUUGGUAAUUAAAAUAUUGAUUGAAGUCUGGAA